AUGUGUGAGGAGGUGGGGAAGGUAGUGUCCACUGGGUUAGAGAUGUGUGAGGAGGUGGGGAAGGUAGUGUCCACUGGGUUAGAGAUGUAUGAGGAGGUGGGGAAGGUAGUGUCCACUGGGUUAGAGACGUGUGAGGAGGUGGGGAAGGUAGUGUCCACUGGGUUAGAGAUGUAUGAGGAGGUGGGGAAGGUAGUGUCCACUGGGUUAGAGACGUGUGAGGAGGUGGAGAAGGUAGUGUCCACUGGGUUAGAGACGUGUGAGGAGGUGGAGAAGGUAGUGUCCACUGGGUUAGAGAUGUAUGAGGAGGUGGGAAAGGUAGUGUCCACUGGGUUAGAGAUGUGUGAGGAGGUGGGAAAGGUAGUGUCCACUGGGUUAGAGAUGUGUGAGGAGGUGGGGACGGUAGUGUCCACUGGGUUAGAGACGUGUGAGGAGGUGGGGAAGGUAGUGUCCACUGGGGUGGAGACGUGUGAGGAGGUGGGGAAGGUAGUGUCCACUGGGUUAGAGAUGUGUGAGGAGGUGGAGAAGUCCGGCCCCAGAGCAGCCGUGUGCUCAGCGGAGGCCGGCGGUGCGAGGGCCAAUGAGGCGUCUCUGUCCUCAAUGUAUGAUUUCACCUCCAGCGCCUCUGCCACCGAUGAUGUGCUGAACGGAAAUCUGUGUGGCGCCAACUGA